CAUUUCGCGUCACCGGCUUCGACUGGCCUGAGAGGAGGCACCCAGCUGCCUCCUUAGCACCGAAACUCGUUAAACGCCGACGUAUUGACGUUUCGCGCGCGUAUCUCGCUCGCAGCGGGCACCUCUCAGCAUCGCACCGCAUCAGGACGCGUGUCUCUCUCUCUUUCUCUCUUUCUUUUUCUGUGUGCUGGUGUUCAGUGAAGAUAGCAAACGGAGGAGAACUGAGGUCCGGUCGAGUUUCUACCUUCGACACGAACAGGUGGACAUUCGGGAACGAAGAAGCGCUGCGCAGCUCGCUCGCUAUGAAGGCCCGGUAUCAUGAUUUAGUGUUCAGCUUCGACCGGACGACGACGGCAGUGCUAGAGUGAAGGAGGAGCCAGGAGUCGACGGAAUGACGAAUGACGUCUCGUGUCCGUGAGCUGAUACUUCACUGCCGAGCUACUUUGUGAAAACAAUGCUCCGACGAGCAACGGGAGACGGAUCGGGUAGCCCAAUGAUGUGACUCAUGUGUCGGUUCAGGCGCGAUGACGGAGCAUGCGAGUGCGUUGACAGGUCGUCGAUAGCGAUCAGUGCGACUGGUUUCGUGACGGUGGCUCGAGUCGACGACUCCCCGCGAAGAUUGUCGAGGACUCGAACAUGUUGGGCCAGUGAACGGGACUUGAUAAACUGGUGCGGUUGAUCCUCGUCAACAGUUUCAGGACGUAAGUGCGUUAUCGAAAGAAUGCGCGGUGCUUGAAGGGCCGAGCUGCCGUGGCCUCGCGACUGGCUGCCAAGAGCCACCGGGCGAGUGUCUCGAGCUUGUUCAGUUUAGCUCCCUCUCAUAUUCCGCGCGGCAUGUGCACCACGGAGAUGACGGAAUCGUACACGAUGUCACCGUCGACAACGGUAUCUUCCAGCGCCGCGACGCCCGGCUGCGUGAGCGGCUCGUCGGCGCACCGACGGACGUCGUGCAGAGGCUCGCCGAGUCGAGGGGACGUCCAGGACGACGAGGACGAGAUCUCCGUAGGUUGUCCCAGCCCGCUGCCGCUGGUAGUCGCGACGCCCAACACGGAGGACGAGCUGGCCUCCUCCAGGGACGAUUACGCCGACCGUCUGAGCCCGAGAAGAACCUAUCCGCGAGACUCGAUGACGGAGGACGAGGACAGGGAUUAUUCCCGCAACGGGGAUUACAGGAUGUCGAACGGAAGAACCGGCAGCAGGACUCGCGAGAGCGGCGAUUCGGUGACGACGCUCAGGGACGACGAGGAGGACGAGGAGGAGGAGGAAGAGGUGGACAGCAGGACCAGUAGCAACGGAGCGGCGGCUGCUGGUACCACGGACGACUACUUCAAGCCGCUCAAGCGCCUGAAGAUGGUGCAGAUGCAGCACUCGGACGAGGAAGACGAGAGGGAACGGGAAUCCAACGACCGCGGGGUCAAGUCUUUCAGCAUCCUCGACAUCCUGUCGCAUCGGCCGAAGGCGAAGAUCGUCCGUCCCUGGGAUACGACGGAUUCCGGCCUGAGCCAUCAGCACCGUCACCACCUGCAGCAGCAGCAUCAUCAUCAUCAUCAUCAUCAGCACCAUCUGCAUCACCACCAUCACCACAGUAGUCAUCCGAGUCACGCGACCGGGCCCCGGGAUCUCUCGCUGAUGGGUAUGUCACUCGCGUCCAUGUCCGGCUCCAUCAGCGAACCGCCCCUCAGCAGCUCCUCGUCGUCCGGAAGGAGCUCCGUGUCGGAUUCCGGUAGCCCGGACCCGCUCGCCCAUCAUCACCAUCAUCAUGCCGCGCUUCAUCACGCGGGCAUUCAUCCCGGCUUGCAUCACCCGGCGCUCCAGCAGCCGCAGCAGCAGCAGCUCAAGAGGAAAAUGCCGCAGCAGCACGGCUCCCACGCUGGCCAAAACGGCAAGAGGACCACGGGGCAGGGCAGUCCCUUGGACGCGCUCUUCCAAAUGACCAGCAAGACUUUCGACGCCGGUGAGCACAGUCAGGAGCAAGCCAAUCACUUGAACCUGUUCAACAAUCGCCAGCAGCCGAAGAAGAAGCGCAAGAGUCGGACCGCCUUCACGAAUCAGCAGAUCUUCGAGCUGGAGAAGAGAUUCUUGUAUCAGAAGUACUUGAGCCCGGCCGACAGGGACGAGAUCGCCGCUCAGCUGGGUCUGAGCAAUGCCCAAGUGAUCACGUGGUUCCAAAACAGGAGGGCCAAGCUCAAGAGGGACAUGGAGGAGCUUAAGAAGGACGUGCAGACUGUGAAUCCAAUUUUGGUCGCUCAACAUCACAAGACUUUCCUAGAGAACGUGCAAGACCUGGGGAUCUUGAAGAAACGACCAUUGCCAAACUCCAUGGACGAGAAAUCGUAGAGGUCGACUCGAAAUCGCCUUUCCGACUUUCUGUGUGCAAUUGAGGCUCGACGGGAGGGAAUCGGACAACGGACAGUUAUUACUCAUGUAAUAUCGAGUAUUUUGGACCGAGAGGGAAGCUCGAAUCGUGAUACAUAAUUUCAGUGUAUUAUUCGAACAAGCACGUACGAAAAUUGUUUUUAUGCGCUCACGAAUGCACUUGGUCUUCUUUUUAUGCGCGAUUCGGUUCUUUCAUACAUUUUAAUCUUCAGAAUCUCUUCACGAAGAAAUUCUGAAGAGAGUCUUACGAUAAAGAACACCACCUUCUGCGUACAAACAUUAUCUGUCUACUAAUUUAUUACGAUUCAAUGUUCAAGUUUCUUUUUUUUCAAAAUUAUAAAGCUGUUUAAGUUAUUAUUGCAUCCAGUCUCUCGACGAGCGAGAAUAUUCCAUAGCAUUCUAUAACGGUCCAGUUUCUGAGAAAUAUGACUGAGGGGGGGAGGAAAUAUCAUUUUAAAAUUUGCAAAAGGGAUUUUCGUUGUGCUUGUUAGAACUGAAAAAAAAAACGUGACGUUCUUAUGUCGUAAUUUUACGGCUUUAAAUGGAAAGCGCAUCAUAGUCCGCUGCAAUUUUACGCGCAGAGCGCGGUGUAUUAUAAUGUAUUUAUUACAAAAUGGAGAAAGCGAGAGGAACGGGAUUCGUGAGGAGGACCUCGGCUAAAACGGUCGAUAAUAAAUUAUUAAAUGAAUAUUAAUCCGUAAAUUAUAAAUAACCCACGCGUUGUGGCCAUUGUGUACAUACAUUGUAUAUAGGUAUACAUCGUUCCCUUGAUAAUGUUACGUAUAGGCAUGAUAGAGACCGUUAUACAUGAUUAGAGUUACAAGAAACCGUAAGAGCAUAGAUGGGACACUGCAAUAUACCUGAUUAUGAGUUUAAUUAGUGAAUUUUAGGAGCGAGUAAAAUGUAUAUCUGCAUACGGCGAUUCGUAAAGUGAUAGUGAGGUGCGUGAGACUAAAAGCUAGGAGCGCGUGUGUAAACCGACUUAGUACAGUGUAUAGCGAAGCUAAAUAAAUGGAAACAUUAU